CAGCACGCGGGCGUAGGGACGAGGACGGAGAUUGAUCUUGGGGGUGGAAAGGACUGCCGGAGCACUAUCGCAUGGUCGAGGAGAAUCGCGGAUGGUCGUCUCGGACGAACUGGGUGACAAGGCGCAAACGGUAGCGACAGCUAUGGUGCGUCGAGGGUGGGUGAGUGACGUUUGUCGAGAGAAGGAUACGCGCGCAGACGGGACUGGGGAAAUUGAGGGUAUGGCGAGAAGGCGGGAAGGCACAAAGGCACAAACGAAUGGCGACCUAGUUGCGCGAGUGUUAAUUGAGCGAGGGGCGAUGUCAAUUUUCAGGGGCGAAAAGGAUAGCCGUGGUGCACGAUAUCAAAUCGGCAGUAGAAGGAAGGUGAAGGGAACGAAAGCAACGAGGGGUCGAGGAGGGAAGAAUGCGAUACGAACGACGAAAGAACGAGAGGGAAGAGGUCAGGAAGCCAGAAGGAGGAGGAGCAAAGGACGGAGGGGAGGGGAGGGGAGGGGAGGGAAAGGAACAGCCAAGAUCAGGAGAGGGAGAGAAGGGGAGAGAGUGAGAGUGUAAGGUAGUGGUGGUAGUGGUAGAGGUAGAGGUAGUAGUGUCUGGGCGAACAGUGGAGGAUGAAACGCCGGCGGGCAAGCUUAGACCAAUACUAGC